AUGGCCUUGCAAUGCUCCAAGCUUUCAUCUUUCACGGAAUCUCCUACAACUCCGCAGACCUUACAAUCUAAGUUUCAGGCUCCCAUUGAUCAACGGAAUGCAGAAUCACGGGCAAGAUUAGCUAGGGGCAAUAGAUCCUUGUCGGUACCUAUUUCAUCUAUUACCCCGCCGCCAUCAUCUCACGAGGAUUUAGUCCAAUCGAUAACCCUAGAAUCGCCAGUGUUAUCCUCAUCAUCCAGUAACAGUCUUAAGAGAAAGAGAUCACUUUUAAAAAGCAGGCCAAUGCGGAAAUCUAGACAGUCAACGACGGUGGAGGAACUGUGGGACACUUUAGACCGGGUUUUUUAUGAAAACCAAAAACUCGAAAUUAUAGCCAAAGAAUCACGAAUGUCGGCUGCUCACCACAAGUUGCAAACCCAUUUUCUCCAGAUCGAAAGUCGGGAAGUCUUCAAUCGGUUAGAAGCUGAAAAUUUCAUGUUUCAACGAGAAGUCGAAUUCAUACGGCAUAACCCUCAAAAUACAGCUCAAAUAGACUACAACCAUAGAUUACGCGGGCAGUGCGAUUCUCUUUUAGCAGAGAAAACAGUGAUUCAGCGCGAACUUCAAAAGGCGAAACGAAUCAUAAGAAUACAAGAACGAAAGUUAACCAAUGCCCGGCAGGAAAUUGCCCUUCUACAAGAUCGUAUCCGUCAAAAUCGUAGGCAUAUCAACGAAAUGCGUAGAUCAGGUGGUCCCUUACAUCAAUUCACAACGCCUAAAAAUUUUGUUAGUGCGCCACGAAAUCUGAAGACUAACCGGAAUCACCUAUCACCUCAUCAAUUUCAAAAUCACUAUAUACAUUCUUCUCACGUGAAUCAAGAAAACUUUAAUGCCUUACUUCUAGCCGGAUCAAUCCUUAACAAAGAAAACGAGAGCAACGGAUCAACCUUCUCUUACGCUUGCCGUUCCACGUCAAGCUCUCCGAUUAGCUGCAGCCUAGUCAGACCAAUACUUUCUUCAUUCAGCACAUGUAGUUCCGUAUAUCCCGAGCCCCCCCUUGCAUUACUCUCACCAGUUCAAUUCACACCUGAAAAUGAAACAUGUAAUGAUUUACGGUCAAAAUCAUUUCAUGAGAUAACAGAUGGCUACCAUCAUAAUUCUCGUGACAGUACUAUUUCAGCUUCUGAUGCAGAGGAGUUAGUUAGGUCCUGUUUGACUGGGCACGACGCGAAUGUUUUAGUUAAUCAAGCUUUCACAACUCCAAUGAAUAUAAAUCAUUGCAGACAGAGUGACCGAGAUAAUGACAUAGUAAAUGAGGAAUCUGUCCCUUUUCACAGACACCAUGACAUGCGCGGAGAGCGUGGCAUAGUUCAACCCCAAACUCAUAGCACUAUGUUGAGGAGAAAGCAAGAUGAAGGACAGUUCAAACUUGAAAAAAAGGAAAAGUCUAAAAUUGUACGAGAAAAAAGGAGCUGA